GCGCUAUAAACACCUGCACAGCUUUGCUUAAAACACGGAGCCCCCGGCUGCUAAAUCUCUCUGUUUGGCUUGUUGUUAGUUUGUCAGUCGACGUUUAGAAAAGGGUUCUCUGCGUAUAGAAACGUUUUGAGUAACACAUCUAAACUUGCAUCAUUACGUCGCUUCUAACCGGCGUUUUAAACUGGAAAACAUACCGGAAACUCGUUCUUUCAGCUUUACGUGUACGUGCUUAGCUAGCAGCUUCUAGCCGGCUGUUGUUCACCCUUUAAACUCUGCUGCCAUCUUGUUGGGAGCUCUGUAAGAAAGGGUGACUUGAUGAUAAAAGUAUUCAGUCAAUGAGCCGACGCACUGCAGAAAGUCUGGAUUACCCAGAAGCCCUCACGCACCAUGAGCCAAUUAUAGAGUCUUGCUGAACUUCACCUGCAGCUGCUUCCUCUGGACACGAGCAGCUCCAGCUACUCCUCCUCAGUGUCGGACUCAGUGGGGGUCAUGUCCAGACGCAGCCUGCGGCUGGAUGACGGCCUGCUGGACCGCAGUCUUCCUCACAGCAGCGCCUCCUUCAGUGUGGGAGGAUCCGGCUGGAGGAGCAGCAGGCAGCUGAAGUCCCGGCGCGUCCCGUCGGUCUCGUGCUCGGAGUCUCUGAUCGUCCUCGACUCUCCUCGCGACCCUCUGCUCCUGAACAGCAGCCUCCACAGUGUGCCCUCCGACGCCUCGCUGCUGUCCUCCCUGCUGGACGAGUCCUCGGUGCGGGAGAGCACGCUGGUCGACACCUUCUGGGGUUUGGACCAGGACAUCGACCCUCAAGAAAGCACCAUCAUAGCGGAGCGGAGCGCGGUGCUGACAGACCGCACUCUGAUUGGUCUUGACGGCCGCUGUCCCAAACACGAGGUCCCGACGCUCCGCAGCGUUCACUGUGACGACUGCGAGCUGCGCUCGGACAGGAAGCGGUCCGUCACCGCACACUCCUCCCCCUCCUCGGUGCCCGCAGAGCCGGAAACUUCCACCAUCUACUGCAGAGACCGGCGCCGCAGGACGGCAGGUGUGCUGGCGUCCAUGUGGGGCUGCGUGGUGUCGAUGCUCGCUCAUCGCCUGCCCCUGCAGAAGCGCCACGACGUGAGCGCUGGAUCCUGUGGAGUCAUGAGCCCCGAGCAGCUUCCUCCCGAUGGAUCUCUGAGUGAUGUGUACAGGCGGCUUAGUAGACGAUGGCGUCUCAUGACCUCCAGCUUCGUCCUGACUCGGUUUCCUCUCAGACUGCUGCUGCUCCUCCUGCUGCUCCUGCUGCUGCUCCUCCUGCUGCUCUUCAGUGUGUGUUGGUUCCUUCCAGCCGCUCUGCAGUCCGCUCUUCCAGCUGUCACAGAGUGGACGGCGGUCCCUGAUGUCCCCGGUGUGUCCGCCAUCUUCUCGUCCUCCCACAGCCAAUCAGCAGAGGGCGCUGCAGAGGAGUCGAGGGAAGUGCAGCCGCUCUACAGGCCUACAGAGGAGGAGGCGGAGGAGGCGGAGGAGGCGGAGGAGGCGGAGGCGGGGGAGUCGCCGAGGCUCGUCCGUCUGGAGCAGAGUCUGACAGCGCUGUGGGAGCGCGUCGAGGCUGCAGGGCAGCAUGCGGAGCAGAGACACACCGAGGUGCUCCAGCUGUACUCUGACCUCCAGCAGCACCAGCUCUCUGAGCAGAGCGAGGGGGGGGGCGUGCAGCUGUGGCUGGACCAGCAGCUGGACCAGCGGCUGGAUCUGCUCAGGAGACGACUGGACGAGGAGAGACGGCACAGGGAGCAGUCCCAGCAGCAGGACACGUCUCGUGUGGAUCAGCUGGAGCUGCAGCUGCAGACGCUCGCUGCCAGGACGCAGGAGGUUCAGUGGAGACAAGAAGCUGCUCUGACACCUUCAGUAACGCAUCCAGCUGCUGUCAGUGGGGGUGUGGACCAGCAGUCCCAUGAUGAUUUGCUGGCGGAGGUUGUGCGUUUGCAGGCGGCUGUGGAGGACGUCAGGCGUGAUGUUGAGCGUCUGUCUGGGAGUCGGGAUAGCUGCGGACGACUCGACACGAUCCAGCAGACGAUCUCCGCUCAGGUUCGGGAGGAGGUUCGGGUUCUGCUCUACGGCAACCAGCUGGCGGUGGGGGGCCGGGCCUCGGGAGACGCCACCGACGGCCUCCCGGAGUCUCUCCUCCAGCAGCUGUCGCAGCACUACGUCAGCGCGGCCGACCUGCAGGAGGCGCUGGCCUCUCUGGAGCGCAGCCUCCUUCAGAGCAUCGGCCUGCAGCUGGAGCAGAGCCGCAGCGAGGCCACGGCCAGAGAGGCCGUCCUGCACGCCGCCGGGGCUGCUGGGGCCGCCGUCACCCAGGAGGACGUGCACGUGAUCGUGAAGAACGCUCUGCGCCUGUUUUCUCAGGACCGCACCGGCCUGGCGGACUACGCUCUGGAGUCUGGAGGGGGCAGCAUCCUGAGCACCCGCUGCUCGGAGACGUACGAGACGAAGGCGGCGCUGCUCAGCCUGUUCGGACUUCCUCUCUGGUAUUUCUCUCAGUCUCCUCGAGCUGUGAUCCAGCCAGACGUCCAUCCAGGGAACUGCUGGGCCUUCAGAGGCUCCACAGGCUUCUUGGUGAUCCGGCUCUCCAUGAGGAUCUUCCCCACCGCCUUCUCCCUGGAGCACAUCCCCAGAAUUCUGGCACCCAGCAGGACUCUGCACAGCGCGCCCCGAGACUUCAACGUCUACGGUCUGGACGAUGAGAGUCAGGAGAGAGGGACGCCGCUCGGCUCCUACACCUACGACGAGGACGGAGAAGCUCUGCAGACGUACCCCGUCACUGAGAACGACGCAGCCUUCCAGAUCAUCGAGGUUCAGGUGUUGUCCAACUGGGGCCACCAGGAGUACACGUGCAUGUACCGCUUCAGAGUGCACGGGGCGCCCGUGGACGCCUGAGGACGCCGCGGAGACGAACCACGUGGAGACGGCAGAGAAACACCGUCGCGUUGUUCAGAGAAGUAACGGCCUCUCGCUGCUAACGCACCGCAAUGACUUUAAACUGAGCGUCGUCAGUUUCCUGUGGACAAAGGACGCACUCUUAUUCUGCCCAUAGUUUUAUUUUAUAUCCGUGUUUUGUAUUUACUGUUUAAAUGUCCGCCAUGUUUUAGCCCGUUCUUCUUUAUGGGUUGCAUUUUUGCGCUGCGGUAAUUCAGACGUGAGCAGAAAGUCGUGACUUUAGUAUUGGGGCUUUUUAAUAAAACUUCCACUAAAUGCGUAAACUAUAGUUUAUUAGUUUAUUCUCAACGACAGUUUGCCGUCUGCUGGUUUAGGGUGAGUGAGGCAGAAUCCAAACGUUCUGUGUGAAAUGCAUCGACGCGUCAGCAGUUUCAAACGAAACGUCAGAAUGAAAUGUCCUCGCUGUGUUUCCUCACUGAGCCACGAUGGAGGAACAUCGAUGAAGAAAUAUUAGAGGAAGACGGCGUCUUUAUUUAUCUAACAGGAACAAUUGCAACCACGAAACUGCCAAAUAUACAUUUUGUUAAGCGAUGAGUUUUAAGAUAAUCUUGAGAAACCUUUUUGUAAAACAAACUUAAACUUAAAUUAAAUGAUCGAAGUGAAACAAGUUCUUUCUUUUUAAUUUGACGACGUCGUCGUAGUGCUGCAGGUCGACGUCGACGACGUAGUGCUGCAGGUCGACGUCGACGACGUAGUGCUGCAGGUCGACGUCGACGACGUAGUGCUGCAGGUCGACGUCGACGACGUAGUGCUGCAGGUCGACGUCGACGACGUAGUGCUGCAGGACGACGAGCAGAGAAAAGUCUCAAAAGGGAAUUCAGAGAAAUCUUCUGCUUUAAAUGAAUAAACUGCUUUAAGAUCUUUUUAUUUUAGUCUUCAGGUUAUUAACAGGAAAAUAGUUUUUAUUUAUUAGCACUUAUUUUUACAUAAUAUACUAUUUGUUUGUGUUGUAUGUGGUUUCAAGCCGGACAUAAUAAAGAUGUGGAGAUUUUA